AUGAAUUUUAUUAAGAAUUUAUUUGUCAAGAAAACAUCUCAAUAGAAUGAACCUCUUUUCUUUGAUCCAAUGAAUGAGAAAAUCGAAUAAUUUUACAGGUAAUUAAAUAUCAUAUGUGAUGGAAUUACUUUAACUUAAGACCCGAAAGAUGAUGUUUAAAUAAUAAGAUAGAAUAUUUAAGAAUUAAAAAAGUAUAUUGAUGAGGCUAAAGUUUAUGUAAUCAGAAUUAAAAUUCUUAGAUUAUUUUUAUAGGUACAACAUCUGCAGGGAAGAGUACAUUCAUCAAUUCUCUUUUAGGUCAACAAAUUUUACCUUCUAGAAAUUAGGAAUGCACUUAGAAUAUAAUUUUCAUCAAAUAUAAUGAAAAGAUUCUUAUAAAUGAAAAAUAAAUUAAUAGUUUGGAUCAAGCAUAAUAGAUUCUAUUUGAAAUGUAGAAAAACAAAAAAUUUGAAAUUGUGAAUAUCCAAGUUCCUUCUCUAUUUCAUCAGUAAUUUCCUUCAGAUUUAAGGAGUAGGAUAGUCUUUGUUGAUACGUAUUUUAUUAUAUUUAUAUCUUGAUAGUCCAGGGAUAAAAAUUAAUGAAUAAUAAUUAUUGAAAAGCUUUUUCGAAUAAAUAGAUGAUAAGAUUGGUAAUUAACAUCGUAUUAAUGUAUGGAUUAGCAAUUACACUACAUUUGAUAAUGAUAAAGAAUUUUAAGAAUAAAUCCUUAAAAUUUAUAAUACUUAAGUUUCUUCUCAAAUAUCAUAAAGGUAAAAUAAAUAAGCUAGUUACUUGAAGAGUAUAAUAAUUGAAGAGUUUUAAGGAAUCUAAAGAUAGCCAAAUUUAUUUGCUAGUUCUCAUGAAGUAAUGGAUAGCAAUGAAUCUUUUGAGAGUUAUUGUAAGCCUUCAUUGACAACAUUAUUUUUUAUUCUAAAUAAAUAUGAUGAAAGAAAAGUAUCAGAAGAUUCUAAUGUCGAUAUUACCAUAAAAAAAAUUAGUUAAAUAAUUGGUAGUGAUAAGAAUAUAUUUAAGAUAUCAGCUUUAAGAGCUAUGAGGUAUAGAAUAUUAAAUUAUGGAACUAAAUAAGCUAUUGAUAAAUUUAUGGAAUCUUAUUUUUUAGAUUAUAGAGAUGUUGAAUUAUUUGUGAAUUAAAAUGAUUGCAGAAAGUAUUGCAAUGAAAAAAUUAAAAAUAAUCCAAAUCUGUUAUAAAAUCAAGAUUAUUGUAAAUUUUAAAAUUAAUUGGAAUCUUCUAUAAAAAUGUAAAUAAGUGAAACUUUCUUUGGAGAAAAGUUUGUAUAUAUUGUAAAUCUUAUGGUUUACUUAGAAAUGGUUUUCUAUCCUUAAUAAAUUGAACUAGAAUAAAAUGUUUAUGAAACAUUAAGAGAUUUCAUAGAUAUAUUCAUUGAAAAUUAAAUAAAGAACUAUAAUGAUUGUACUUCAAAAUAUAAAUAAGUUGCUAAAGAUUAAAUCUAAAAAGAAUUAGAUCGUUAUAAAUGUUAAUUAGCAUCUGAAGAACCAUAAAAUCUGAUAAUAUCAGCAUGUAAAUCAGCUUUAUAAAUUAUGAUUGAAUAUGAAAAAAAGAUUUUAUAAUUAAAUGAGGAUAUAAAGAAUGGUUUAAUAAAGAAAUUAUAAUCAAUAUUUCCUUAGAAAUAGAACAAUUAAAUAUUUUCAAGUUUUUAAUUAGUGGGAUAAAAAGAUUUGUCUAUAAUUGAAGGUUGUAAAUAAUUAUUUGAAUUAAUUAAUGAUAAUAAUGUGGCUGAAAUUUAGAAAAAUAGUUUUUAAUAAUAUGCUGAGAAUUUAUAAAAGACAAUGGGAGUGAGAAUCAAUCCAAUUUAAUCUUAAGUAGGAAUAAUAUCAACAGGAAUAUCUAUUGCAGCUUUCUUAGGAAGAAGAUUUACAAUAUAAACUUUACUCUGUUCUCCAAUCUUUGCAGCAAUAGGUUUAGGAUUAAUGACAUUUGAUUUAACAUUUAUUUUUGGUAAAUAAUGGUAUUCAUAAAAUAUAAUUGAAAUUCAAUUAAAUGUAUGUAUAAAUUAAUAAUUAGCAAUGGGAAUCUAUAUUAAUAUAAUAAAUUGAGGAUUAAGAAACUAAUUAUUGUCGUAUAAAUAAAUAAACUUUUCAAAGCAUCAAAAAAUUACUACAACGUAUGAUGCCUAGUUGA